GUUAUCCGCAAAGUGUUAUCCGUAAGUUCAAUAUGCCGUCACGUGAAAUUCUCUCUGUUGGAACCGGUGAAAGUGUGGUAAUUUCGGGAAUAGCCGGACGAUUUCCGCAAUCGGACAACGUGCGAGAGUUUGCUCGUAAUUUGUACGAGAAGCGUGACCUCGUUGAUGAUAAGGAAACCCGAUGGAAGCACACUAUGCGAGUAAUACCACGGCGUCUCGGAAAGAUCAACAAUUUGGAGAAAUUCGACCGAGAGUUCUUCGGGUACGAUCGACGACAACGGGAUACGAUGGAUCCGCAGCAGUGGAUGACGCUCGAGCAUGCUUUCGAAGCCGUUCUGGAUGCGGGUGUCAACCCGGAAAUUCUGCGUGGAUCUCGGACGGGCGUAUUUUGCGGCGUAUGCUUUUCGGAAGUUGGUGCACGAAUGUACUGCGGUACUUUGGGCUAUGCUGAAAAAGGGAUGGGUUUGUCAGGGUACGUGAAGUCGCUCAUUGCACAUCGAGUGUCCUAUAUGAUGGAUUUGAAAGGACCCAGCUUUGUUAUUGAUACUGCCUGCAGCAGUUCAAUGUAUGCCUUAGAUGUCGCUUAUCGGAGCAUGAUGAACGGAGAUUGUGAUGCGGCAAUUGUGACAGGCUCCAAUCUAACGCUUCAUCCUUUCAUCACAUAUCAGUUUGCAUUGUUGGGUGUGUUGGCAAAGGAUGGUUUCUGCCGGCCAUUCGAUAAGGAUGCUACGGGAUACGCGCGAUCGGAAGCAGUUUGCGCAGUGUUUCUACAGAAGGCCAAGGACGCAAAGCGUAUUUACGGUCAUGUCAUCCACUCCAAAACGAAUUGCGAUGGCUUUAAAUCGGAAGGAAUAACCUACCCAUCGGGAUUAAUGCAGCAGCAGCUGCUAACAGAAUUCUACGAUGAAGUGGGAAUCAGUCCUACUGAGGUGGAUUACGUUGAGGCGCAUAGCACGGGCACAUUUGUGGGAGAUCCUGAGGAAUGCAACGCUAUUGAUAAAGUAUAUUGUACAGGACGAGAUGGACCUCUGCUUGUAGGUUCGGUGAAGUCCAGUAUAGGUCAUUCGGAAGCCUCAGCAGGAGUAUGUUCAAUAGCGAAGUGCAUUAUCGCCAUGGAAAAUGAUAUGAUUCCUCCGAAUAUCAAUUUCACCGAGUACAGACCAACCAUUCCUUCGUUGGCCGAGGGUCGUUUGAAGGUGGUUUCAGAUACAAUGCCACUAUUGGGACCAUUGAUUGGUAUCAACUCGUUUGGAUUUGGAGGAGCAAACGCCCACGCUUUGCUUUGUCGCAAUUUGAAGGAGAAAAAGAAUCACGGCGUACCGGAAGAUGAUCUCCCGCGGUUGGUUGUGUGGUCGGGAAGAACUAGGGAAGCUAUUGAGUAUAUGUUUCAAGAUAUCACUCAGCGUCCCUUGGAUGCUGAAUUCAUUGCACUUUUGUGCAAUGUUGAAAAGCAAGGUAUUCCAGGACAUCGUUAUCGAGGAUUUGGAGUCUAUCGUAAAGAUGGUGAAAAAUUAGCAAUACUAGAGGCAUCCCGUAUCGAGCGAGUCAAAAUUGAGCCACUUCCGGUUGUUGCAGUUUUUGGAGGAAUCAACCUUAAAUGGAGACAGGAGCUUCAUGCACUUAAGAGAUUUUCAGUGGUGGAAAAAACUUUCACUAAAUGCAAUGGUGUCCUCCAAACGCUGAAGUUUGACCUGAACAAAAAGCUCUCAGGUAAUAAGAGCAUCCUGUACAACAUGGUUGGAUCGACUGUCCUUCAAUUGUCGAUCGUUGAUCUGCUGAGCUCGGUUGGAGUCAAAUUCGAUUUGUACGGAGGUCAUUCGGUGGGACAGUUCACCUGUGCUUACAUCGACCGUAGUUUGAACCUCGAACAGGUCCUUAGACUAGCUUUCUGGCAUGGACUAGUGUAUUCGGACUGUCAAGCAGUUUGUGAUUAUUCCGCCUUUGUUCGAAUGACCUCCAAGUUAAACCAACUUCCUUUGAAGAACAUUUUCAAGGAUAAUGCAUCUACGUUUGGUAUUAUUGUGGGGACUGAAGAUACUGUUAUCGAACAGAUUCAUCAAUUUAAAGCAACGGGAUUUUCAGCAGAACUGCUGUCCUAUCUUAGUUUCCACUCCAUACAUCCGUGGACUAAAUCACUGCCUAGCAAUUUACGCCAAACUGUGAAUACCGUUUUAUCUAGAGUUGUUGUUCCAACUAACAAGUGGAUAACUGGAACAUUGCCACAAACCUCUUCUAUAUUCCAUUCUCCGAAUUUACACAAUGAAGCAUCCAUCGUUAACUUAUUCGAGAAGAUUCCCAAACAUACUCACGUCAUAGAAUUUGGUUGUUCGUUGUCCUGCAAGCACAUUCUUCGGAUGCUGAAUCGCAACUCAAGCUACCUUCCUUCAGGUUCAGAAUCUACCGAUGCAGUGGGUCUACUUUUGAGCAAAAUCGGCCACUUACACCUGGCUUCACAGAACCUAGACAUUGCACGGCUAUACCCAAAGGUUCAGUUUCCAGUAUCACGAGGAACACCAAUGAUCUCUCCAUUGAUUCGGUGGGAUCACCGUGAAGAUGCAUUUGUGGUCAAAUACAACUGGGAACAAACCAACAAGUCCAGGGCAUAUACCAUCAAUAUUUCCCUGAACAACCAAGACUUCAAGUACAUAGAGGGUCAUAACAUCGAUGGACGAGUGUUGUUCCCGGCUACGGGAUAUCUGAAACUGGUUUGGGAACAUGUCGCUUAUCUUGAACAUAAUGAUCUCGAGGAUUUUGCGGUAGAAUUCGAAGAUAUAAGAUUCUUGCGAGCUACAACUAUGACCAAAGGUCAGACCAUUCAGUUUACAGUUUCAAUUCAGACUGUGACAGGGUUUUUUGAGAUCGUGGAAGGAGACUCAGUUGUUGUGACUGGAUUCGUAAGGUCAUUGAAGGAAUGCAUCAAUAAUGAUUUCAGCGAUACAGCGAGCUCUGCAGUGGUGCUUCCAACAAAGGACUUUUACAAGGAAUUACGUCUAAGAGGAUACUAUUACUCGGGGCUAUUUAAAUCGGUUCUGGAGGCUAGAUCCGACGGAAUGAUGGCAAAGAUUCAAUGGAAAGAUAAUUGGGUAGCAUUUCUGGAUUGCUUGCUUCAAGUUGGCAUUAUUGCAGCUGACAGCCGGCUUCUGAUGGUUCCAACAGCUAUUGAGAAGCUUUCUAUCUCACCAAGAGCUCAUAUAUCAAUGAUUGAGAAAAGCGGAGACGAUUGCGAGUUUUUCACUGUGAGGAGUUGCGUUGAUACGAAUACUUUGGUGUGUGGAGCUGUUGCCAUUUGCAACCUUCGAGCUAGCAGCAUCGGACGUAGGAACCCUCCCGGCAUUCCUGUUUUAGAGACCUAUCAAUUUGUUCCAUAUCAUGCUGGAGAACAGGUCUCUUCAUCGGAAGCCAUCCGGAUGAUUGUUCAGCUGGCCUUGGAGAAUGUUCCCACUUUGACAGUUAACGUGACAGAAAUCUACGAUGACAGCCAUCGACCAAUCGUGCAGCUGUUUGGAGAAGCCAUUGCGGAUCUUCCUUUGGUUCAAUCGAACCUGACGCUUUUGAGUGUCAAUGAAAUGGAGUUGGACAACGUCACAGUAAAAAAUGAGCGAUUGUCUGACCAAUCCAAUCAAUUGAUCGUAGUACUCGAUAGCAAAAUGAAUAAUGCAGAAUUUCUUAAAGAGGUCGAUGAAAGCCUUGAGGAAACUGGAUUCAUAAUAGUCCGUGAAAGGAUUGGUUGUAAGCGUGAUGAAUUUUGUAAACCAGAGGAGUUCAACAUGGUGGCUUCAUUCCAAGUAGAUCAGGAGGAAUCCUUCAUUUGCUUGCAGCGAAAGAGCAAAGGCCACAACGAAACACCAGAAAUUAUUCGGGUGGAUUCAACUGAUAUGAGCUGGUUAGCGGAGCUGAAGCAGUUUUCUAAGCUUCGGUCUACGAUUUUGUACUCGCAGAUCGAUUCUGUCUCGGGAGUCAUUGGUCUGGUGAACUGCAUUCGCAAAGAGCCAAAAAUGCACUCUAUCCGAUGCGUAUUAAUCGAUGAUCCAAAGGCUCCAGAAUUCACAGUGAACGACCCAUUCUACAAGAAUCAAUUGGACUUGGGCUUAGCAUUCAACAUAUUAUUAAAUGGCGUAUGGGGCAGUUAUCGACACACACUGCUGCCAAAGAUGGCCAAAACUGAGCCUGUGUCCAAGCAUUGCUACGCAAAUAGUCUUACCAAGGGAGAUCUGUCUUCUAUAAUGUGGUUCACUGGGGCUUUCAAUGAAUGGGAUGUGGUACCAAAUAAGGUGAAUGUAUCGUACUGUACCUUGAAUUUUCGAGAUGUGAUGGUCGCUACGGGUAGAUUGUCAUCGGAUGUGAGUUCAUUUAACCGGUUGGAAGGGGAAUGUGAACUCGGCUAUGAAUAUGCGGGUGUGACGGAUGAUGGUAGACGAGUGAUAGGAGUACUGCCAGCCGGAGCAUUAUCAACGGUUGUUAGUGCUGAUCCUUAUCUAGUUUGGACUAUCCCGGAUAGUUGGAGCUUGGAAGAUGCGUGUACCGUUCCAAUUGUGUACGGUACGGUAUUGACGGCGUUCACCGUAAGUGCUCACGUCCGGAAGGGACAGUCAGUGUUGAUCCAUGCUGGUAGCGGAGGAGUAGGACUGGCGGCAAUCAACAUGGCCUUCGCAUACGGUUUGGAAGUGUUUACCACAGUUGGUACGGAGGAGAAGGUCAAGUUUCUUUUGAGUGAGUUUCCUGCACUGAAGCCGGAGAACAUUGGAAAUUCAAGAGAUUUGUCGUUUGAACAGAUGAUCAAACUGAGAACCAACGGAAGAGGUGUGGAUUAUGUGUUGAAUUCGUUGGCCGAAGAGAAGUUACAGGCUUCGGUUAGGUGUCUAGCAAAUGGUGGUCACUUUUUGGAAAUCGGUAAAUAUGAUAUGGCCAGGGAUUCCCGACUGUCCAUGCAGCUUUUCAAGAAAGGAAUAACGUUUACAAGCGUUAUGCUGGAUGCGGCAAUGAGAGACAGCCCAGAGCUGAAGAAGAAUGUAAAUGAUUUGCUUCGUACGGCAAUACAAGAUGGAGUUGUCAAGCCUCUGAAAACGACCGUUUUUGACGCUCGUGAUUUGGAGAAGGCAAUGAGAUUCCUGGCAAGUGGAAAACAUACUGGAAAAAUUGUGAUCAAGCUUCGUGAAAAUGAAACUGAUGUUGAAACGUUGCCCAUUUCUUAUUUCCCAAAAGUCUUUUGCAAUCCAGACCAAGUGUACAUAAUCAUCGGAGGCUUGGGAGGGUUCGGUUUGGAGUUGACUGACUGGUUGGUGCUUCGAGGCUGCAAGAAGCUGGUCUUCAGCUCUAGUCGUGGAAUUACGAAGCCGUAUCAGCAAUAUCGAAUCAAGAUUUGGAAUAGCUACGGAGUUCACACCCAUGUCUGCACAGCGGAUAUCACCAGUAUGGACGGUUGUCGUACGCUGCUGAAGGAAGCGUCACGAUUUGGUGCGGUAGCCGCAAUCUACAACCUGGCAGUUCAGCUGCGUGACGCCAUCUUGGAGAAUCAGUCUGUGGAGAUGUUCGUGGAAUGUAUGGCACCGAAAGCGAAGGCUACCGAGUACUUGGACAUAGCUAGCCGUCUACUGUGUCCUCAGUUGAAACACUUUGUAGUGUUCUCUAGCGUUUCCUGCGGUCGAGGAAAUGCAGGUCAGAGCAACUACGGCAUGGCCAAUUCCGUAAUGGAGCGAAUAAUUGAACGAAGAUGUGCAGAAGGCCUCCCUGGAAAAGCAAUUCAGUGGGGAGCGAUUGGAGAGGUCGGAUUGGUCGCCGAUAUGGCUGAGGAUAAGGUUGAUAUGGUAAUCGGUGGAACUCUGCAGCAAAGAAUUUCAUCAUGUCUGCUGGAGAUGGACUUUUUGUUGACAUGUGAGAACCCACUGGUGGCCAGUAUGGUCGUUGCGGAGAAGCGAAAGGGAAGUGGAUCAAAGAACAUUAUAGAGGCAGUAAUGAACAUAAUGUGCAUCAGAGAUUUGAAGUCGGUGUCGAUGGAGAGUUCACUGGCCGAUAUAGGAAUGGAUUCGUUGAUGGCAGUCGAAAUCAAGCAGGUGUUGGAGAGAGACUUCGACAUGGUGUUGUCACCGCAGGAUCUCAGGACGUUGACGUUUGCGAAAUUACUGAAGAUGGAAGAAGAGAAGAAGCAAGCUGACAAAACUGAACAGUCCAAGGAAAGUGAGGGAUUGGCUAUUGGUUUGCAGAUGCUACUGAGAAAUCUAGGCAACGAAGAUACCAGUGAAUCGACAUUUUUGCGCUUGCCAUCGGCCGGUGAUGAAGGCCGCCCUAUUCUUUUGAUUCCUGGCGUUGAAGGUGUUGCUGGUAACGUAUGGAAAACAAUUGCUGAGCAGGUUAAUGUUCCAGUGUACCUGCUUCAGUUGUCCAGCACGCUAGAGUGUGAAAGCAUUCCAGCAAUUGUGGAUUGCAUCAUUGAUGAGCUAUGCAGUGUUCUGCUGAAUGGCCACGAUGACUUUGCCAUUGCUGCGUAUUCUUUCGGGGCGCUGGUGGGAAUCGAGAUAGCGAGAUGCCUACAGACGAGAGGAAUUCGAGGGAAACUUCUCCUGCUGGAUGGGGCUCCGAAGUACUUGAAACUAUGGUCACUGAAGCAGUUAAAUAAUAAUCCCACCGAUGAAGAAACGCAGAAACUAGUUAUGCUCGCUUUGAUAGCGAUGUGUGCACCGGAUAUAGCCACUGAGAAAAUAGUUUCGGUUUUGCAAAUUUCGGCAUUUGAAGAUCAACUCGAAAAGGUUAUAGAGCUCGGAGCUCAGCAAAGCGUGUACUCUGCUGAUUAUACAAGAAAGAUGACAAAAGCUCUGUGCAAGAGAAUUAAGAUGGCCGCUCUUCUGAACCUGGAUGAGGAUCAGCCCUUAGAUUUACCGAUUAUGCUGGUGCGACCGACCGAAUCGUCCUUUGCGGAUAUCGAAGAUGACUAUGGAUUAUCCAAUUAUACGACGGGUGCUAUCACGCAGCGUAUGAUUGAAGGUAAUCAUUCGACAAUGUUGGAAAAUUCCGACCUGGUGGAGAUGAUCAAUAGCUUUAAUCUGUAGUUUGCAUAAGAAGCGCUAUGAUUCUGUGUUUGCGUAUGUUCCAGUGUUAAAUAUAUCAGAGAGCGUACA